GGACUACAUUUCCCAGCAGGCUCAGCGGGUGGCGGGCAGCCAAUAGGCGCUCGGGCUGGGCGGUGCCCGGGUAUAUAAGGCACCGCCCCACGCUGGGCGCUCCAUCCUCACCUGGCAGCGGAGCGGGACGGGACAGCAGCGCCACGUACCGGGCAAAAUGUGCGACAAGCCAGACCUCUCGGAGGUGGAGAAAUUUGACAAGAAGAAGCUGAAGAAAACCAACACGGAGGAGAAGAACACGCUGCCCUCCAAGGAGACUAUUGAGCAGGAGAAGGAGUGUGUGAAGUCUUCCUAGAGCGAGAUGACCUGGCAGGAAGAGCUACCACUUGAUUUUUUUUUUUUUUUCUUUGAAUUAAGUCAUAUUUUUUAAAAAAUUACAUCAUCUACAUGUAUAGAAAACAGCUGCAUCACCUAACCCACUGUCCCACCUUGCUGGCAGCUUUGGCGGGUGGGGGGAACAAAAUGUGACCCUCUCAGUCCAUCAGUAGCCUGACUUAACCCCGUCUCUGCUGCUCAGCCAACUCCUGUUGACAGCACUGGUCUUGCUUUAACACGGUGGGGAGAUGAGCAAGGGCGGUGGAGGCUCCUGAGGCCAGGACCCUUCUGCCUGAGGGGGUGGGAAUGCUGGCUGGCCUGUGGCCUGGCUCUGUCUUACAUACUCUUCACUCAUGGUGUUCUGUAGCCUCACAGUUUUUGUUUUUUCUGGUCUUCCUUGGGGGAAAAAUAAGUUUAUUAUAAAAUAAAAAAAGUAAUGACCUAC